AUGAUUCAUGCACGAGAACCGUUAGCAGAAUUUUGGCGUGUAAAUGAGACAGAAGUACCCAAGUUUUUAAGUAAUGAAGCAACAUUAUCAGUGGUGGAUCAAAUCUUACAAGAAGAAAUACUAAAUAAGCAUGAUUCAAUUUUCGGAGGAUCUGUUAUAAAUGCAAAAGCAAAUCAAAUUUAUGUCUAUACGAUAGAUACCAAUAAGGCCAAUGUUAUUAUAAGCAAUUCAAAAGAAAUUGAUCCAUACAGGGAUUUAUUGAUAGUUUUAAAUGUACGCAAUUCCUUUUCUCUAUCAAAAGGAAAUUUUGAUAAAAUAGUGACGCAAGCACGAACAAAAAAAUAUUUCUUACAAGGCGUAACAAUUUACAUUGAUAUUUUGAGAAAUAAUGUAGUUGUAUAUUUGGGAUCUACUGAAAGAAAAGAAUAUGAAAAAUUUGUAAAGGCUAUCAGUAAAUUUAACCCAAUUAUAGAAUACCCGGACCGACCUCCACUUUAUAAAAAACCUCGUAAGAUAAAUGAUAAUGAACCCUUAAAUGAGGAGAUUAUUUUUCAUGAUAGGGCUAAUCAUUAUUCAGCAAAUUUUAAGGCAAGAGGAGCAAGUAAUGAUUACUUGUAUCCACAUGAUGGUAAACAUAAUAUACAAUCUCGUAACUUAGAUAUUGUAUUCUUUAAUGGAGAUAGGAUUUACAAUUCUCGUGGGGGCUGUACGGUGGGUUUUAGGGCAAGAAAUGCAACCGUAGAUUAUUUAGUAACCGCGGGGCAUUUUAUUUUUUUAACCGGUCAUCUUAAAAGUUAUUAUAUGAAUGUAAUAUUUGAUAGAGAAGUUAAGCAGGUUCAUGUUGGUACUGCAGCACAAUAUAAAAUGAAUUCUGAACAUGGUUUAAUCAAAAUACGGCAUCAAGAGAUCAAGCACUCGGCGAAUAUAAUACAUCGUGAAUCUAUUGAUCCAAAUAAUCCUAGAUCAGACAAGAGAGUUGUUAAAGAACUAUUCGUUGCAGGCCAUAAAGAUUUGCGGAGUUAUGGAGUUCAUAUAUGUAAAGCUGGCUACGUCACAGGAACUCUCUGUGGGGAAAUUAUAGCGUUAAAUGGUAUUCAGAUUGGUGUUAUUAAUGGCGAACUUCAAUUUUCACCGAAUUUAUACGUUGCAAAAUCUAAUAUUCAAGAUUUUAACUUGCCAGGUGAUAGUGGAGGUCCUGGAUUUUCUUAUAUAAGAGAUUUGAAGUGGGUAAGUUUAAACAGUAUAACCGUUGCAAGGAAACCAUUUAUGGCCGCACUUCAACCAUUAGGCUUAAUUUUGGAUGAUACUGCAUUAAAUAUUGUAAAAACUGGUGACAAUUUGUAA